UGAAUCACGUAGCGUAUAUCCCACUGUUCGUAGGAGUGACUUUGAAUGUGUCCAGUGGGACGAAAAUGGAGGAGGAACGUGAACUGCCGCAAGACAAUAGUGAUUCAGAAAAUGGUGAUCAAUCAUCUUCUACUCAAGAAGGAGGUGACCAAACAAUUGAUACUGAAAUGGAAGAACAAGAAAUUAUUUUUGAGGGAGUAGAGAAGAUGCAGGCCACUGCACAGGAUACUCCAGUUGAAACUAGGAUAAUAGAAGGAUCAUUUCCUCUUUUUGAAGGCCCGAACAGAGAAAGAAUAGAAGAAAUAGAAACAGAAGAAGAAGAAACAGAAAUGAACCAUCAGAUCACAGAAUUGGCAGAAAAACUUCAAACAUCACAUGUCGGAAAAUGUUACGUCUGUGAAAAAAUAGGUCGAAUAUAUAACAGCAUAUACUUGUGUUGCGACUGUAUCAAUAAACUUGAAGAACUGACUGAAAACGGGCCAACAGUCUUCUGCGAUAUUGGAUGUCCCAAAAAUUGCUCUUCCUGUCUUCUUUCUAUUGUUUUCCGAUACAUGAAAGUGGAAGAUAUUUCUACAUAUAGAAAAAUCGAUUACAAUUCGGAAUUAUUGAAUGAGUAUGUGGGUGGAGGAACAAAAGACAAGUCCUUGGAAGAAAAAGGUGCCGAUGCUCAUUUUGCCAAAUACUUGGAUCGGUGUUGGGAUCGAUAUCUUCAAUGGGUCUGGGAGCAGAAAGACAUUUUUCUAUUGACCGUCGACCAAGCGAUCGUUGUUUUAAAAGCAAAUGGCAACAAAGGAAAGUACCUAACAGCAAUUGCCGAUCAGGUAGGCAAAGGGCCAGCCUUCAGAGUGGACGAGGGAUACAUCAAUCCGGAUGACAUCAAAUCCUACAAGUACAGAUGUUUGUUCUUUACUAUCCUGAAUGCAGCCAGACAGAUGUCCAAUUUAGAUUUUUCGUUUUACCAUUUGUAUCUCCUGAAGUUACUUUGCCUCUUUUACUUGGACGAGGCAACAAGUAAAGCGUGUAUCACCCUUUCAGAUGCGACGACAUUAGCUGAAGAUUAUUCGUUUCUAUUAAUGCAAAUAUGCUCCGAAAAGCAAGUGGUAGCCAUCAGAGAAGUUAUGGAUUUGGUACAGUCACUUGACAAGCAACUGACUAUCAGAAACGAAAACAGUAGAGCGGUGGAAAGACGUAUCGAGGCUUUAUUGGAGGAAAAUCGAGGAAAGAUCAGUUUUCAACUUCCACAUCCACUCGGACAGGAGAGUAUUCCAUAUCGCUUCAUAAACGAAACCUUCCAUGAAUGUCUGUCGGCUGCAAGGUCCUGCCUCGUGGAUCAUUUUACUCUGCACGAUUCUCGAAGCUUGAUUCAAGCCAAUAUAAUCAAAUCGGCGCUGUUUUUUCGCUCGAUGUAUGAUAUUCCAAAAUCGUCGCACUACGAUGACGAAAUCACCAUACAGUUGAAGAAGAUACUUCAAGAUAUAAAAGAGACUGGCAGACGAAUUGGAUUUCAUUCUGGAAACGCCAUAGUACCAACGCAGUUGUUGUUGACAAAUCCAAGAUCGGGAGUGAAGAUGCGUUAUACCUCGCAAGUGCAUUUGAAAAAAGUGUUCCUGCAUAAAUUGUCUGCAGUGAGCAAGAUAGACGUACCUACUCUCAAAUGCCUUAUGCCAUCGACCGACUUGCAGGGCUAUCUCCAAAACGAUAAACUACUCUCACACUUUAUUCUCUUCUCUUCAUUCUUGCAGAAGAUCCUCCAGGCCGAAGCAUACGUUACCCAAAUCGGGUGUGGAUAUUUAUUUGAUCAUCGACUUAUAACCUUUGAAUUGUACUAAUUUUUUUUCCAUAAUGAGAUGCGACAGAAGAUUUAAUAAUCGCGUAUUGUUAGUCAUUCCGUGAUCCUCGAAAACGAAACCUUAACCAUGAUUUAUCUUAACUUGGAUUUGUGAAAGGAAGACUUCAGUAAUCCCUAUUGUGUCGGGAACAGAGAAACACCGACUUUGUUAAAUAAACGCAAUAUUAGUAUUGUAAUCUUAGGUGUUCUUACAAUUUCGAUAUGUGAUAAAUUUACUUCUUACUUAAAUCGAAUCUUCUUGUAAUAAUGUAACUUAUACUGUUAAUUGUUAAUUUAAGCAAGUCUUAAAAUCUAUGUUUAAAUCUUAUUUUUGUAACUUAAGAAAACAAAGUUUAAUCAUUUAUCGCAAUUAUCCGGGUCCUUAGACUGAAUAAAAACAUAUUGUGGUAAU